AUGGACCCAUCCACGCGGCGUCGCACCGGAGGCGUCCUCCAGGCCCUUUUGCUGUUGAGCCUGGCUGCCCAUUGCUGCGCGCUUGGCGGGCUGCGGUUGGCUGUCGUGGGAGAUUUUGGUUCUAAGGACGCCGGCGAGCUCGCCGUUUCCAACCUUACACAAGGCUGGGAUACGCCGUCAAAACUGGAUGCGGUCAUCAGCCUCGGCGACAAUGCAUAUUUCUUUGGUCUCGCCUCCGAGAUCCAGGAGCGCAUCCCUCCUUACUACGGCUGGGCCAUCACCACGGAUACGGCCACAAACCGCUUCUGGCCCUGCCCCGGCAACCACGAUUGGGGGGGCCUUUGCAAUGACCCCAAGGGCCUGGACCCUUACCUGGCGUAUUUCAAGGCCCUGAGCAGCAAGCCCAACCCGCGCGUGUACGAGCACAUAAUCGGCGAGCUCCACUUCUUCAUGCUGGACAGCCACUGCAGCGAGCCCCUGGGCGUGACUGUGACCUCUCAGCAAGCGGCAUGGCUGAAGGCCGCGCUGGCUGCCUCUACGGCGCCGUUCAAGAUCGUGGCGUUCCACCACCCGCCCUUUUCCUCGUUCCGAGGUUACCAGCCCAACAUGGAUUGGCCGUUUGCGGAGUGGGGCGCGGAUUUGGUCAUGGCCGGCCACGAUCACAUUUAUGAGAGGCUCGACAACCCGAGGAAGGUCCCCGGCAAGGACGGCUUCCCCUACUUUGUCAAUGGCGCGGGCGGCCAAGCGCUCUACACCUUUUCGAACCCCCAGCCCGCCUCGGCGUUCAAGUACAAGUCCGACUUUGGGGCGCAGCUGCUCACCACCAAGUACCGCCCCUUUGCAAGCGGCGCCUACUACGAUCUGGACCUCGCGUUUUACAGCGCGGGCGGCGGCCUGAACGGCGGCACCCUGCAGGAGUGCUACAGGAUCACCAAGCUCAUCGGCACGGGCAUCACCCCCACGACGACGUACACCGCCGCCUGCCCGGCCGUGACGGCGCAGAGCGACUACUCGCUGCUCACGAACAAGCUCGCCCCGGCGUUCGCGCCGUCGCCGCUGCAGAAGUGGAGGUACUUCAACGCCGGCAAGAAGGCGCUGUCUGUCAAGUCGUGGACCGCGCUGGCUUACGAUGACUCGGCGUGGUCGGUCGGCGCCAGCCCCCUGGGCUAUGGCGCGGCCAACGACAGUGCUGUGCCUGGCCUCUGA